AAAUAUUCUCAUUUGUCCCAUUCGCUCCAAAGCCGUCCUGAAUACCAGGUGUUUUUAACGAAAAUGAGUAUUGUAGUCUGAAUUAAAAAAAGUAAAUAUGAAGUGGCUUUUCUAUUUGAUAGUGUUCGUAUAUAUGUUCUACAGAGCAGUAUACGGAGCCGAUGGAAGUGCUUUGGAAAUAGUACCAAUAUCAUAUCCCGAAGGACUGAAUUAUUUGCCAUCUGGAUCGCGAUUGACAGUCACCUGCAAGUCAAAUAAUAGAAAUCAGAAGGUAGAAUGGCUAGACCCAAAAGAGGAUGUAAUCACACACGACACUACAAACAGGUUGUAUUCCCACCGACGAAUAGCGCACUCUAGCGUCAAAACUUCGCCAUUUCUACUGACGUUCACCCAUGCUGUGGUAGAUGACAGCGGCGUCUAUACCUGCCAGUCAGACAAGGAUAAGAAAGAUGUCGCUCUAUGUGUCAUUGACGCCGCUCGUUUUGUGGACACUCCUAAAGAAGAGUUUGUAGAUGAAGGCAGGUCGUUUACGCUGACAUGCCAAGCAAGGGGAGAGCCACAGCCUGAGCUGGUGUGGUCGAAGGACCAAGGAAACUUGGAAGAUAACAAACUGAAUUCCAAGUAUAAAAUCUUCGAGAAGUUCAACCACGACGGUUACGAAAGCCUGUUGACUGUGACAUCCCUAACCCCCGAAGACAGUGGCAUUUACAAAUGUACAGCAGUUCAGAACAAUGAGCGGGUUGAGGACUGCUCAGUGAUCGACUCCAUAAACAUCACACUGCAGGUUAAUUACGCGCCUGUUUUCGACACCUCCGGCGAACCGACGAUGAUAUUCGCUAAUUAUAAUGAAAGCGUAAAUAUUGACUGUUCAGCCAGUGCUUUCCCAAAACCAACAUACCGAUGGUUCCACGACGUUGGAGACAGCAUGCUGUACGAAUACCCAGUAAAGCAAAUAAAACUAUUGCAAGACGAGAACAUUGCCAGGCUAACGCUCGUCGCAGAUUCCCUCAGUUUUGGCCAGAAGUUCACUUGCAAAGCCACCAAUGACUUGGGAGAAAAUCAUAAUGAUUUUGUUUUGGCUGAGAUUGUUAAACCUGAUGCGCCUAUAGAGGUUGAUGUAUCAAAUAGCUCGCAUAAUGAAAUAACUUUUAUGUUCACAUUCAAUAAAGACAGCUCUCCUUUUGAUGUUAUACAAGCGCAGUACAAAUCAAGUGUUGAUUCAGACAGAAAACCUAGAGAAACUGAAUGGAGAAGAGGAAGCCGAACGACGGAUCUCAAAGAAUCAGAAGACACCGAUGGUCAAUAUAAACUGGUAGAACUUGACACCGAUACUAAAUACUGGGUGAGAUUUCGUACCAAAAACGACCUAGGCUAUUCGCCGUGGUCCGAUCCAUAUUCAGUGAUAACAAGAGCUAUUGAUGAACUCACGACUACCGAGGAAACUAAUGAGGAAACUACAGAAUCAUUAACAGAGAAGAUUGAUGACAUUGCUAAAGAAGUUUCGCCUAGUGAUGGUACUUUUUAUGGUAUAUUCUUUGCUGGAGGAAUUCUGGUUUUGGCUGUUGCCUGUAUGUUUGCGAUGAGAUUGGUAUAAAUAUAUUCCAUUAUAUGAAAGUUAAUGUUUAACAAUACAUCUGUUUUUGUAAUUGAAUAUUCUUUAACAAAAUCCUGUCUUUAAAAAAAUUGAGGGAAAAAAUAUAUAUGUCAGAAAUUU